AUGAAUGGCUUAGAACAGAACGGAGAACGAUGGUUGACAUCCGAUGAAAUAGCGGGCGUAUGGCCGCAAAUCCGAUUGAACGCUGCAAGGGAAUUCAUAGGGUUAUAUCACAAGGAAAAGGAUGCAAGGAAGAGGGGUCUCCUAUGGGGAGACGAGAUUGAGUAUAUCCUGGUAUACCUUGACCACGAGAACAAAUCUGUCAAAGUUUCGCUAGAAUCCGAAGAGCUAUUGGAGAAAUUAAAGAGAUUAGAUUUCAACAAUGUUUGUCCUGCCAUGUGGCAAAGGGAGUACGCCCGUUACAUGGUUGAAUCGGUGCCUUUCGUGCCUUUUUCAGGAGGUAUAGAGUCCAUACGUUCUGUAGAAGCAAGUAUGGCAAAUAGUGUAGCGGCACAAAACUGCACUUCAAACAAGAGAGGGAGAUACACAGAACGCAUACCAAUAUUCAAAGACGUCCACACGAUGGAUGCCAUUAAAGAAGACCUCUCACAUACCAGCUAUAAAGGCAAAGAACAGGAAGAUUCACAGCCAGGAACCAUCCGUCUUGACAUGUGUGUUUGCGGCGGUACCUGCUGCGCGCUGCAAGUGACCCUGCAGGCUGCAGAUUUAGACGAAGCUAGAACUUUACACGAUCAACUAACUCCCCUUUGUCCAAUUCUUAACAAAAGAUCCGGUGCUCACAGAACGACCAAGACCCGUAACGACUCAGUGAGUUGCUAUGCACAACCUUAUAACUCUUGCUAUAACGACGGACCUAUGUUCACUGACGACGAAAUAUUUGGGACGCUUGUGGAUGAAGAUGCAGUUUAA